AUGGCGCGUUCAAGAGGAUCAUCAAGACCUAUAUCUAGGUCGAGACCUACUCAGACAAGGUCUGCUUCUACCAUGGCGGCUCCAGUUCAUCCGCAGCAACAACCAAAUGCCUAUUCACAUCCUCCAGCCGCAGGUACCCAGACAAGACAACCAGGUAUGUUUGCGCAGAUGGCUUCCACUGCUGCAGGUGUUGCCGUUGGUAGUACCAUUGGUCACACCUUAGGUGCAGGCAUCACAGGUAUGUUUUCUGGAUCCGGGUCUGACUCCGCUCCCGUUGAGCAACAGCAGCAAAAUAUGGCCAACGUUUCCGGCCAGACCCAAACGGACCAGCAGAUGGGAAGAACCUGUGAAUUAGACGCAAGGAACUUUACACGCUGUUUGGACGAAAAUAACGGCAACUUCCAAAUAUGUGAUUAUUACCUGCAGCAACUAAAAGCCUGCCAAGAGGCUGCACGUCAAUACUAA